AUGGCCCGCCAAGACCAGAAUAUGUUUGACGAGUAUCUAAAGCGCGCAUCGUUUGGAGACGACCAGGAAGCUACCGGACGAUCACUCAACCUUGGAGGUGGCAUGCCAAAUAAUUUUGGAGGACCUUUUAGUCAUACACAAUCCAAUACAAUGACGAGGCUGAAAAUCAUCAAGGCAUCACACGGUUCUUCCUACCCCGCGAGUCAGACCGCUGGAACGAGCUUGACCAGUGCAACCCCCGAACAUGGAACCUCCUCUGGCAUUACGGUCCGCCACGAUCCUCAACCAGUCUCUCCAGAGUUAAACAUCGGGGCGCUAAGCCACAUCGGUGAAGCGCACGGGCAGAUUAGCCAACAAACAAUGGACCAUGCAACCCUUGACCGAGAAAUGCAGCGGCUGUCGGCUGGGGGGAUGUCUGCUCAUUGGCAGGCACCGUUGUUCAGUAUAGCUGGAUACGAUACCCGGACUGGGUCUCCUGGGCUAGAAAAGCUUCGCAUGGAGGUGGGCUGUCUGAAUGCUGAGCUCCAUGAGCCGAAUACAGAAGCCCUCUUCAAGCAAAUCAAGCAAGACCGGGACCGGGUGCUGUAUUGCGUUGAACAAUUACGUUCAAGGAUUGCUGAGACAAAGACCAAACCCAAGACCAUACCGAAGACCAAACCGAAGACCAAACCAAAAACCAAGCCGAAGAACAACUCGAAGAAGGACUCCAGGAACAGGAUAUCAAAACCACUUGCGGCUAAGCGAGAGCUCAAAGGGAAGGUCAAGAAGAAGCCUUUUCAAUGCUGUGAAUGUGACACUGAAUUUGGUACCGUGGGAGCCCUGCAAAGGCACAUUGAGGACCAACAUUACCCAUGCGUUAGCAUUAGCUGCCCUGAGCCAGAUUGUGAAGAGAUUUCUCGCAGAAAAGACAAGGCUAGAGAUCACUGUCUGAUGAGGCACCAGUGGAAACCAAGCAACGAGCAGCUUGCGCUGUACACCCAACCCCGUGCAUGCCCUCUAUUAUGCUUCAUUUGUUCUCUACCGGUCAGCAAUUGGAAAGAAUUUUACAAGUGCUUCAUUUACCAUUGUGGCACCGACAACGAAACCUCCGAUGAGGGGUCAUCGAGUGAUGAUGAUCAUGGCAAUGGCGAAGGCCCAGCUGCUGGCUAUGACUCGGGUCUUCCUGGGUUUGGGAUGGAGGGUGCAGGCAAUUCUUUCAGCCAUGACUACAGUUACUGUGCUGGUUCUUCGGCCCAUGACUUUGGGUCGCUCAGCUCGAUGCAAAACUAUAGCCAGAACCCCAAUCAAAAUGCCCACGGUAUGCAACGUUCUUCAUCGGAUACCAACAGCCUGAUCCCAUCUCAGUCAGAUGCCUAUCAUGACACCAGUCAAAAGCGCCGCGCAUCUUUCCAGGGUCAUUCGGAUCUUCCUUGGGAGGCUCAACAGCCCGGGCUGCAACAAAAUCGCUUACUGAAGCGACACAAACAAGCCAGGGCCGAGCCUCUAGAGGAUCGGAUUUGCCAGAAAUGUAAUCACAAGAUCAAUGGCUGUACAUGGUGUGCAAAGAGACUUAUUUCGGGUGAACCGUGCCAUGAGUGUGAUGAUGCCAUGAGGAUUCAGGCAAGCGCAUUAAGCUCCCAAGUAGUUCGACAUACUGGCCCGACUCAGAGAAGUAUAAACCCUCUGGUCAACUUCGUUCCCAACCAGCCGCAAAUGGGCCAUUUAAACAGGCCUCAGGUUCCAAGACCCUUUGGAAAUACCAACCACCGAGUACCAUGGCCUCCCGGGAGCUACGGUCACCCCACUGGAAACCCUCAAGGUCAUCUUCGAGACCCCUACAAUAACUUUACCGCUAAUGUGGCAAUGAUAACGUACGUGCACGAUUUGAGCGAAGAGGAUAUGCUUUCAACCGGAUGUAAAUCCUCGAAUGCGAGUCUCGGAGGUACCUGGCUCAGCUGCCUUCCCAUGCGAGUCCCAAUGGGAAGAAUGAUCAAGGUGCCCUCAGAGGCUAUGGCAUUGGAGUAUGGAGUUGGGUCUGGAGCAAUUGGUACGACGACUUUCACGGGACACCGCGUUUUUCGUCCUAUCUAUCCAGUGAUGCUGACUUUGACAGAUCAAAUAACAUCGCAAACCAUAUCCGAAACCGAACCCCCGCAGAUCAAUCUUCCUAUGGCUAAACUAGAGGCUAUCAGUCCACUGUUAUGUCGCUGCCCCUGUCGAACGAAGACCGCUGGGCCUACCUACACAAGCAACGCCCGCAUCGAGUUGGUCCCUGGGAAACUCCUCGACAUGACGCUCACGAUCCUCCCCGGAGAUCGCGUCGGGCAUCCCCUAAGGACGCGUAUUAGGGUGGUUGUCAAAUUACUCAAGCUGCGUUCCUCUGUGGCGAGAUCGGGCAAUAAGAAGAGCAAGCAAGACGCGAAGGAGAUUGAACUAGUCCUCAAAACUAGCUUGUAUGGCUCUGCGCCCAUGAGGCCCGUCAAGACAAAGGAAGAGACUGUCGCUGUUGAUGAAUCUGACAUGUCCGAGUCCGAGUACGAUGGCCUCUUCUCUGACGCUGAGUCCGUUACCUCUUCUGUCGCCGAAGCUUCCUCCGUUUCGGAGCUAGCUCUGGUGCCAUUCGAGAGAAUCGAUCCAAAUACAUUGUUCCCCAAUGAACCAAAAGAGGAUAAUCACAACACGUCGGACCUGUUCUCGGGGUCCCAAUUCCCCGAUGAUGAUACCGAAGAAAUCCCACAUUCAAACGACCCUAACUCCGACGACCUCGUCGACGACAUGCAAAGCCUAUCUCUUGUCGAUACAUACGAUUUCGACAUUCAAGAGACUGAAUUUGAAUUUUCAUUAGAUCUGGAUCUCCACACUUGCCUCGACAAUCUUUCCAACUGGACCGAUGGACUCGCCGAUAUCGAACGAUCCGGCCAUAUCACCGACCCUGUCCGUGUCUUUGAAUUAUUUUUUAGAUACAUUAUCUAUGUCAUCUUUGCUUUGAGCCGGUCCCGAAUCGAGGCUGCCGGACGCUGA